AUGGACCCCUCAACGACUCUAGUUACCUUUUUGCUUGAAACAGAUCCAGCCGUCAGGUCGGUCCAGCUGAUUGGCUCGUGGGAUAACUUUUCCACAUGGUACAGCAUGAAGCCGGACACGCGACGCGGGCGAGGUCAAUGGAGAGGCUGUCAUUCUCUUAAAUGCACUACCCCCCUCAACCAGUCUUCUUCUCACCAACCCGCCAGACAUGGUGGCCUGACGAUGGGCGGCACAUACUACUACUAUUAUGAAGUAGAUGGUUCAACAGAGAUAUACGAUCCCGCUCAGCCCUCUACCAAUGCAUGCCCCUAUCUGCCCGGCCAGACUGUAAACACCUUGGAUGUACCCGUCGAGCAGACUUGGAGGAACCGCAGCGCUUCAGUCAGCUCCCUCCACAAGGAAUCGUUCAUGACGUUGGACCCCGAAGCUCGCUACGUCACCCCGAUACCGAAACCAGCCCGCUUUGCCAAUGGUGCACCUGGACGUCCGGGAUCUGCUUCAUGCCUCCUCUCUGGCCGCUCCGGAUCCGCAGGAUGGGGUUGGAAACGACUGUCCCGCAGAAAGGCGGCAGUGAGCAGGGAGUCGGAGAAAUCGGCCACGCGUUGGCGCGACGUGGACGCUUUUGCGUCGCUCUUUGCAUGGCCGUUGCGCAAUAGCGGGCCGCCGUCUCCGGCGGAGCGUCGAGGUACAAGAGACGUCUCGCCCGAACCGCUGCGAGGAUUCCGGGAGGACGAGGCACCUCUGCCGCCGGACCCCUUUAUGACGCAGCUCCCACCUCCAAACUCGGCGGCCGAAGUUGCUGGAAGACUACAAGAGGAAAACCUCGCCGCAUCCGCCGCAUCCGCCGCAUCUGCCGCCUCAGAAGCUCAGAUUUCCGAAACUCGCCCCUCUUCGCCUCCACUUCAACCCUCACUUGGCAUACCUUCAGAAGUACCUGCCGCUGCUUCCGACAUCAGCUCCUCAAUGUCGACAAUCCAGCACAGCAGGGCCAAAGUUGAGGAGAGGGCUAGAUUGUGCGAACAAGAGCAACUACGCCAGCCUCUCAGUUCCACGGUCAUGGAUACUGGGCCUUGCGAGUGGUCUCCAGCAAUGUCCACGAGCACAUUCACCACCUCGACGUCUCCGCAGUCCCUAACAGAAGGGCUAUGUUCCUUGUACGAUUCAAACGACGAUGACGACAUGCUAUCAAAUACCGAGAGCGACCGCGUGCCCUACUACUCCAAGCUGGAGCAGCCGACAGCGGGACCAUUCAGAGGUUACAGUCUGCCGCGCCACAACGAGGCGGACAAAACCCCGGGCUCUGCCGGUCGUCGGCUGAACGACCUGGACACAGCAUUGCUUGUCAGUGGAUGCGACCCCGCAACGACGGGUGGCUCAGGUUUUCUCGGAGGGCCCAUUGACAAUGGUCUAGACGAUUUUGCCAGCGAACUCGGCUUGAUGGUGAAGCUUAUUGGGAGCGAGAUGCACUAA